AUGUCCAGCUUUAUUGAUUCCGGGUCGCCCACAGACUCGCGCCGUCUAACGAAUAGAAACACGAACCGGUAUUCUGUCAAUCAGCUCUACUCGAUGGCCGCUGAGAAUGACACGGAUAUUGAAGACGAUCUUUCACGAGCGCCCGCGUUGACGUCCGUCUCGCCGCCUUCUCCAGCACAGAAACGCCUGCGCGAUCUCAAGGCACGCAUAUCCGCUCAGUCCAAGAAAAACUUUGUGCUCGAACGUGACGUGCGCUAUCUCGACUCGAGGAUCGCUCUCCUCAUCCAGAACCGCAUGGCCCUAGACGAGCAAAACGAAGUUCAGCAGCAUCUAGAGGAAAUAGAGCCCAAUGAGGGCGUCUUUCCACCCGAGCGCAAACUCACGCAAUACUCGAAUCUAUUCUUCCUCUUGCAAUCCGAGCCUCGACACAUUGCGUCCCUAUGUCGCCUGGUCAGUCUGGCGGAGAUUGACACUCUGCUCCAGACGGUCAUGUUCACGCUCUACGGCAACCAGUACGAAAGCCGUGAGGAGCAUCUACUUCUUACCAUGUUCCAGUCUGUCCUUUCAGCCCAGUUCGAGACCGCGACAGAGUUCGGCUCGCUCUUACGCGCCAACACACCCGUCUCCCGGAUGAUGACCACGUAUACUCGACGGGGCCCCGGUCAAAGCUAUCUCAAGAGCGUUUUAUCCGAUCGGAUCAACAGCUUGAUUGAACACCGGGAUCUGAACCUGGAGAUCAAUCCCCUCAAGGUUUACGAGCAAAUGGUUACGCAGAUUGAAGAAGAGACGGGCUCCCUGCCCCCAAACCUACCUCGCGGUGUCGCGCCCGAGACGGCGGCUGCCAAUCUGGACGUCCAGGCCAUCAUAGCCCCCCGACUAACGAUGCUGAUGGAGAUUGCGAACAGCUUUCUUCUCACGAUCAUCGAGAGUAUGGAAACGGUCCCGUAUGGCAUUCGGUGGAUUUGCAAGCAGAUCAGGAGUCUGACCAGGCGUAAAUAUCCCGACGCCACUGACUAUGCUAUCUGUUCCCUCAUUGGUGGCUUUUUCUUCCUGCGGUUCAUCAACCCGGCCAUCGUCACGCCGCAAGCGUACAUGCUUGUCGAUGGUGUGCCUGCAAAGCACCCUCGCCGUACGCUGACCCUGAUAGCCAAGAUGCUGCAGAACCUCGCUAACAAGCCUUCAUACGCCAAAGAAGCAUACAUGGCGUCACUGAAUCCAUUCGUCGAGAACAACAAGGCACGAAUCAACCUGUUCCUGAACAACCUCUGCGAGGUCGGCGAUUUCUACGAUACAUUAGAGAUGGAUCAAUACAUGGCUCUAUCAAAGAAAGACCUAAUGAUUCACAUUACUCUAAACGAGCUUUACAAUACGCAUUCACUGCUCAACCAGCACAUCGGUGUUCUAGCGCCUAAUGAUAAAUCCCACCUGCGCAUUCUGCUCGAGGAGCUCGGUCCUGCGCCCGGGCAGGUCCCACGAAAGGAAAACCGCACGGUCGACCUCAGUCUGUUCAGCCGUUGGGAAACGCCGAUCCAAGACAUUACGACCGCGCUCAUGGCCGAGAACAAUAUCACACAGAACGAGAUUCUCUACAUGGAGACCAAGUCGAUCUUUGUUCAGCUGAUACGGUCUAUUCCACACGCGGCAGACAAGCGUCCCAUCAACCUGUCCGCCAUUGCCGAAAAAGCCGCCACAUCAAAGGACGCGACGCUUGUGCGCAGGGGCAUUAAAGUCAAGGAAAUGCUGCGUGAGCUCGAAGAGCUCAAGGUCGUCGACCGCAAGGACGAUUACAAGCUCAUGCAGGAAGAAGUGGCGGCGGAGCUCGUCCACUUGGGCAACAUGCGCGAAAAGGUGCUCCAGGAGAGUCGGUCGCUCGAGGCAGUGUACAAGACGAUUUGCGAUCAUAACAAUUAUCUGCGGUCCCAGCUUGAGCAGUACAAGGCUUAUUUGCAAAACGUACGUUUUGCGGCCGACAAGGGUGCGGCGGGUGGCGUUGGUGUGUUGGCAUAUGGCGGCAAAGAGCGAAAGCCCGCCAAGACGGCUCCACAGGGUCCGUUUCGCUUUACCCAUGCACAGCUCGAAAAGGAGGGUAUCAUCGUCGAGAGCAACGUUCCCGACAACAGACGACCAAACAUUUACUUUAACAUUUCGUCGCCGACGCCGGGAACGUUUAUCAUUGCCUUGCACUACAAGGGUCGCGAAAAGGCAAUUCUCGAAAUGGAUCUUAAGAUUGACGACUUGCUCGAAAAGCAAAAGGACAACAAGCACCUGCUCGAUCUGGAGUACGUCCAACUUAACGUACCAAAGGUCCUUGGCCUCCUCAACAAGAUAUUCUCCAAGAAGAAGUGA